CCCCCUUCUGUCACUGCGUGCGUGCGUGCGUACUGCGUGUGUGCGUGUGUUGACUCUCUCUCCGUCUGUCGCCCGCUCGUUUCUCGCGCGCUCGGGAAUGACAGGCCACACCGCUCGUCCCCGCUGGCGGCGGUGCGUCAGCGUCGUUUCCGUCAACGUCCGUCGCGCCGACGACGCGGAGUGAACUCGUCGCUGGUCCGCGCCGCGAGGCCCGCCUAUACCGGAGUCCGUGGAGUCGGGCGGCAGAGCCCCCGGGAAAGCGAGGAAGAUGGAUGCGACGAUAGAGCGGGAGUGCAGCGCGUUGGGCGGUUUGUUCCAGCAGAUCGUCACGGACAUGAAGAACGGGACGCCACUCUGGGAGGAUUUUAUCUCGAAAGCUACCAAGUUACACGCGAGCUUGAGAGCUGCUAUCUUGGCUAUUUCCGCAUAUCUUGAGGCUUUUCAGAAAAUAGCAGACGCUGCGACUAAUGCCAGAGGUGCAACUAAGGAAAUCGGGACAGCACUGACACGAAUAUGCUUGAGACACAAAGCGGUAGAAACUCGUAUGAAGUCGUUUACUAGCGCCAUUAUGGACUGUUUGGUGCUGCCUUUACAAGAGAAAUUGGAAGAUUGGAAGAAGUCUUUGAUCAAUUUAGACAAAGAACAUGCCAAAGAAUUCAAAAAGGCAAGAGCGGAGCUGAAGAAACGUUCCACCGAUACUUUACGUCUGCAAAAGAAGAAAGCACGAAAGGUUCAAGUUCACUUACAUGUUCAAGGACAGUCUCAGAGCCACGGGGCCUGUUCCGACGUGGAGCUCACUAAAAUGUUGGAGUCAUCGGCGGCGGUCGUUCAGGAGAAAAGACUGAGUUUGGAAGAAACGGAGCGGAAAGCCGUCCGCGCGGCCCUUCUCGAGGACAGGGGCAGAUUCUGUCUCCUCGCUCGAUUCCUGAAACCCGUGCUCGACGAGGAGAUAGCGAUGUUAAUGGAAUUGACGCAUCUGCAAGAGGUCUCCGAUCAAUUGCAAAGACACACCGCGUCGCCGCAUCACUUACCACCUGCAUCCGAGCAGGUAAUAACGGACAUAAAAGGUUGCGACGUUACUCAGUGGUCGUUGGCUACGCCGCCGUCGAGCCCGUCGUUGUCUCUCGGAUCGAGGAAGAGUUCUAUGUGUUCGAUCAGUUCUCUAACUAGUAGCAGUAGUGGAUCUUGUAAAAGCCAUCCGAGCCCGUCGGGACACCCGUGGCACAGAUCGCUUUCUCAGCCAUUCGGUGCCAGGCCCGCCAGCAUCAGCGGCAUCGCGACGCUGCGCCACUUGACCGGCGGCAGCUCCCGCGACUCUGGCUUUACAUCGCAGGACACAUUGUACAAUCAACCGAUCUCCGAGCAUCAGGUAUCGAAUGUGUCUUCUCUAAGUAAUCAAAGUACCGGUUGUACUGUAACACGACCUGUGACAACUUCUACUUGGCCUGAUUUGCAGGAAACGUCCGUUCAGUACGACCGACAAAACCCAGGCGCGGUGAACGAACGGCCACAUACUAUUUCAUCUGCGUACGAAAAGGGCCAUCAGAGGCCGGCGCUCAGCGUGUACACAUUCCAAGCUCCGGAUCGCGACGGUAGCGGUUGCUGCCACAGUCAGCCUGCCUCUCCCGUUUCCUCUUCCUCCUCAUGCUCUUCCUCGAAUCAGCAGUUGUCCAGGGUGCAACUUCGUAGAAAUAAUAGCGGCAGUCGCCCACCUAUACCGAACAGGUGUUCCAGCUUGGAACGGCCGACUAUUCCGGUGAAGAACGAGCCGCCUGGGAGUCCUCGAGGGAAACCCAAGUUGCCGCUUCCGGCUCAUUUGGCGAAAGAAUUGGCGACUCAUCAGCUCCAACAACCGAUGUACGUGAACAUGCACGAGCUGGCGAAUCUAGCUGCCAGUCGUGCUCAGGAGAUGCAGCUUCCACCGCCUCCCCCUCCAGCGUCGUUAACGACGCCAGGAACUGACAAGGCUGAAGUCCCGGAGAAGGACACCGGCAGUCAGACAUCCGAGUCCAGUUUAGAAUCCAGCAGCGGAUAUGGAAGUCAAAAUACUCUUCCGCAUUCUCAUUCGCUUCACAAUCAAAACGAGAACACGUGGAAUGUACCUGGCGCCGCGGCCACGUUAAUGAUACGCAGGGGAUCGGCGCAGCAGACGAGCAGACCGCCGCCGCCGACGAGACGCACGUCCACCGUCAUCACCGGACCUCCCACUUCGUCCGUGAAUGAAGACCGGAGCGAAACCGCUUGCGAUGAGACGGAGAACCUUCCUCCGCCGCCAGCGUUUCUUCUUGAAAGCUCCUCGCCCACAGUCAGCCCCACACCUCAGAGAUCCAUCUCGGUUUCCGAGACGGUGAGGACUCUGACCGAGCUCCGUCAUACGCCAGCCAGUCCGUCACUAUUGCGGAAGGCCACCGGACAGCAGCAGGCGCACGGUGGUCCUGCGGGCAUCAUCCAACACAAUACCGUGCUGCAAAUAACUCGCUCGUCGGUGGAACGUUCCUGCUCGGCUGCCCGUUCGGCGUCCCAAGAACGCGCGCAAACGUCCAACGUGGCCGGCAGUGCUACCGUCAGCCAAACUAGUCAGGCUGCGGGCCAAGGGCAGGGACCGGGUGGCGUGGGACAGGGCUUCAUGGCGGUGCUCAACGCUAAACUCAUCGGUACCAUGAGCGGCAGUGCCGGAGCGGGCGUGAACACGAGCGGCAGUCCGAAAUCUCUCAGGAAACAGUCGCUCUCGGAGCAACAGCAACAGCAGCAGCAGCAGCAACAACUACAACAACAACAGCAGUCUAACAAGAACGUCAAAGCGGCAGCUCCCGGCUUUCUCGAGACAUUGAAUGCUAAACUGGCACAGCAGCAACAGGCUCUACAGCAAACGGGCACGAGCAGAUCCGCGAGUAUCAGACGAAUUAUGGGCAAUCGCGUGCCCAUCAUGGACCCCCUGCAAAUGAGGGACUCCCUCAUGGAUCAGAUCAGACGCGGUACAUCGCUGAGGAAGACCAGCGGCCCGAUCAACGAUCGUUCGGCGCCCAAAAUCUACUGAGUAGUCUAGCAGCGACCUUUGUCCGAGUCCGCAAUAACGUCGCAAUAACGAGCGCAACGUGCUGUUCUUACUCCGACGUAAUUGACGAACGAGAUACGAUGAAAACCAGUCGGAUAGCAACCAGUAUCUUCCGAUUCCUCAUCUAUAUUUUUGAGCAUCUAUUUGCCAGAGUUACGCGCGUAAAUGCAUCGAGGCCGCCGUUCUACGUUUAUUUAGCGUCUAUGAUUUAGCCCGCCCGCCGAAGUUCCCCCGAUAACACGCAGGCUCCAUAUUAAAUCGAUAUAUGAUUUAUUGUACAAUAACGAGACGCGUGCGUUAAGUAAGAAUCGACCGGGAAAUAACUUUGCGUAGGUUUAACGGCGUUAUAUAUAGCGAUUAUAUUGUAGCGUAAUAUUCGAAAAGAGUGCAUGUAGAGAGAUUUUUAUAAUGCGUAUUAACAUUUGUAAAAGAAACUGAUUUCAUUAGGGAAUUGUCUCGUAAGAUCCGUACCGAUACAACGACAAUACUCCAGUACAACUUGUGUCUUAUAGUUCUAUAUUUUUUCUGCUUAACACAGCUUGGACACGAACGAGUUUCUUAUUCAUCUAUUAUUGCUACCGCUUAGUCUAUAAACGAACAUACGGAUCCUUGCGAUCCCACGGGAAAGUCAUACAUAAUUUAAUAUCGAGCUUGUGUAUCCGAGUCCGUAAGACUUAUAAAUGCAUAUCCGUGUAAGAUGUUCAAGAUCUCACACGUCUUUUACGAGUUUUUUUUCCAUUUCUAUAUGAGAGAGGCGAAAGUCUGUUUUUACUGUGCUUUUUUUUUGGGUUUAGUUUUCGAUCUUUAACUUCGAGAUGGCCGUUUUUCCGGUAGUGUAUUCUCGGCCGUCGAAGCGUUUUGAAUCUCUCGGUUACGAAUCGGUGAUACAUAUACUAAUAGGAUAUACUAUACGACAUCUCUCUCAAUGUCGAUAAAUGUUAAUAAGCGUAUGUUUCGCGCCUUCGCGAAGGUAAUGUAAUUUUACAGCCGUCAUCGCUUGCAAGCUACAUUCGCUGCGUCUUUCGGCGAGUUCGACAGAAAAAAAAGUCCCUCUCGAUUGGACGAACGUCCCGAAAUCGAACACUGCACAUUAUCGAAUUUUAGUCAUGUUGUUAGAGAAUGUUUUUUUUUACACACUGCGUCUUUAUACGCAGUGUGUAAAAAAAAUCGUCGUUUGCGUUACUCAUCGCUCUUGCCAGUGCAUGCUCGCCGCAAGUACACACUGCCCGCUCCUGUCUUGGACACCAGCAGUCAAAAGCACGUGUUUCGGUCAACUAGCGCAAGAUAGACGGCGAAUACUGAUUAUUACUGCCAAUUACAUUCAUCCUUUCAUUCCUUAUGUAGUUAAGUUCUCAAUAGUAUUGUAGCGAAGCAGCGCGAUGGAUAGUGUAUAGUGGGCAAUAGAAUAUACGUUUAUUUAUUUCAAGCAUUUAACUGUGUAUACAGCGUGAAUAAAUAAUAAUACUUCCAGAGAAUCUA